AUGGAUUCAACUAUCAUAUUUAAUAAAAAUAAUGAUAUUAAUUUAAUAAACAAGGAAUUGAAAAAAUCUCUGUUGUCUUUUAAGAAUAGAUUACAAUCAAUUAUAUACGAUUCAAAAUUUGUACAAUUAGUUCAUGAAAAUUUAGAAUAUCCAAUAAUCGCAAAUGAAAGGUGUGGAUUAUGGUAUACCCCCACCAACUCGGAUACUUGCUAUUUCAAAUCAACUGAUGGUCAUACUAAUGUAUGGAGCUUUUCCACUAGGAGAUUAAAUUUACAUUUAUUACCUAUAAUUCAAGAUAAUGGUGGGAUUAUGAUUGUGGAUUCUACAAGAAGAGGUAAACCAAUACCUGAUGCAUUAUCAAAGACUAUUCCCAUUUGGUGCGCCGUGUUGAAUACAAUUCUAUACGAACCAAAAGAAGAUUAUUGGUUAAGGUUACCUGAUUUAGUUCCUAAAAGUGAGUACAAUUCAAUAUUAAACUUAAUACCGUCGUUUAUAGAGGUUAUAAGAUCAAUGAAUUUAUUCACUAAAGAAACUCAUAAAUUAGACAAACCUUUAUUACCCAGAUGGUUUUACCCAGGAUGUUCAUCUCAAGAUUUGGACGAUUCAGUAUAUAAUAUAUGUUUAGUAUCAGCUUCCAAACAAGUUCCCAUACAUAAAACUAUGAAUGUGAAGACUAAGAAUGCUUCAGUAAUUCAAUUUGAUUACGUUCAAGGGUCAGCGGACGAUCAUGAAUUAUGGGUUCCUAAAUCGCUACAGUCAUCUUUUGGACCAAUUCAAUUUUGGAAGAUUUUCGAUCAGUUGGUAGAUAAAUCAACUGGGUAUAUUCCUUCAUGGAUGAAUCAAAGAGAACUAGAAGAACUGGUUCAAAAUUUGUUGCCAAAGCAAGACGGGCCAACUGACUUGGAUCCUAGACCAAUUGGAGAUACGGGUAUUUAUUUUGGGUCAAUUAAUAGAAAUAUCGAGGCUAGUGAAUUACUGAGCUUCAAAACUGCUAUCAUUCUUAGUGAUGAGUACAAAGUCAUUUCUAUUCCAGGAAAUAAAGAGGAACAGACUUCAAAAAUACUACAGUAUAAUGUGCCGAGUAAUAAAAAAGGUUCAAAUUUGUUGAGAACAAUUUUACCAGAUAUAAUGUCCAGAAUUGACUUAUCAAAUACACCGAUAGUAUUACUAUGUGGUUCGGGUAAAGACAUUAGUGUUGGUGUAGUACUAGCAAUAUUAUGUACUCAAUUUGAUCUUGAUUGGAAUAGGCUAAAAGCAUUAGAUUCUACUAAACCUUCAAAGACAUUGGUCAAGCAACAUUUAAGUAAAAUAUCAAAUUUAUAUAAAGUAAAUCCUCUGAGAAGUACGUUACAAAGUAUAAAUAAUUAUUUAUUUUCCAAUACAUAA